AUGAAAUUUCUAUCAUUCGUUUCACUAAUUAGCUUUAUUUAUGGGAGCCAGCAAGUCGAGCAACUGAUCAAUCUCAACACUUUUAUCGGAGGAAAUGUAUCAAAUCCAUUUAGCCGUAAUGAGAGUCCGUGUAACAUUUAUGUUUCCGCAAGUGCUGAUGAUGAAUCUCUAUUAUCAAAAAUCUAUUUAGUAAAUGACGAUAACCAAAAGAUUUCGCUUAACGACUUACGUUUGAGUAGAAACGCUAACACCGGAGAACUUCAACCAUUCAGUGUCUUCAGCUCCGGUUAUCUGAUCACAAACCUUACUACGAGUCAGUUACAGACAUUAACCGGAUUUUUGUUUCAAAGCACAAGGGAUCAGUGGAGUAACAAUAACUUCCACGUCUUCGAAGCUGAUGAUAUUCAAGACAUAAGUCGUUAUGACACGGACCAAUCAACCACUCUUUUUUUGAAUUCUGGCAGAGAUAAUACCGGAUCUCAAAGUUCCGUAACAUUCAGUAAAUGGGAUCAGGGUGAUGAUGCUCGAGUUAACAUCUAUAAUGGUUUCCGUUCAAGCGAACGAGAGGAUGUACUAAUCUUCUCAAAUCCACUAGCAGUUCAAGAUAUUGUGAUGUUGUUCCCAAAAGUUGAGACAUUUUCGGUGCCUUGCAGAACGUUUUACAUAAAGUCGUUGGGAAGAAUAAGUUAUCGAAUUCAGCCAGGAAGUCAAAAUCUAUUUGCUACUUCUUCAUACACUACUACUGGUCUACUUGUGAAAGGAGCGGAUCAAGAAUCUUCUGCGACGUACCGAAUUCUGCAAGACUCACAAGAUUUCACGGGAGUGACUGGUUUCAAUACUCUUGCCAUCAACAAUAAAAACAACACUCAAGUUCAGGUAGCAGUCUAUAAUAAUCCGCCAGAUAACAGCUACUACAACACGUCAGUCAUUCCGGGGAAUGCAGUCAUGUCUUGGAGUAUUCCAUUUGUUGGUGACAAGCUUGAUAUAAAAUCAAGAAGAGAUAACACUUCAGCAAUCUUCACCCAGUUUUUUAUCAUUCAAGGACCACCUCGCCUGACUACAACUACUCAGACGCCUCUAACAACUACAACACAGACAUCUACGACGCAGACAUCUACGACACAGACUUCGACGCAGACGCCGACCACAACAACAACAUUGCCAACUUCUACAACAACUGUCAAAACAACAUCAACACCAACAACAACAAAACCAACACAACCGACAACAAACUCUUCGUCAACAACAACGACAACUACAACUACAACAGUAGCAACAACUACAAAAGUGGCAUCAGUUUCUAAAUUAUUUGUUUCGAUUGUUGCGAGUUGGGACUGUUACCGGAAGACUGGGAAACUCUCCAAAAUGAAAUUUCUAUCAUUUGUUCUACUGACUAGCUUUAUUUAUGGGAGCCAGCAAGUCGAGCAACUGAUCAAUCUCAACACUUUUAUCGGAGGAAAUGUAUCAAAUUCGUUGCCCGGACAAUCGUCGUAUGGUAUUUAUAUUUCUGCAAGCAAUGAUGAUGAAUCUCUACUCUCGCAAAUCUAUUUAGUAGAUUACAAUAAUCGUAUGACUUCACUCAACGAUGUACGUUUGAAUACAAAUUCCAUCACCGGAGCACUUCAAGCAUACGAAGUCUUUAUAUCAGUCUAUUUGAUCACAAACCUUACUACGAGUCAGUUGCAGACAUUGACCGGAUUUAUGUAUUUAAGCACAUUGAAUCAAGAUCGAAAUAAUUACUUCCACGUCUACGAUGUUUCGUAUACUCAAACUAUCAGCUAUCAAUUGAAUUCGCAGAACCCGGCGACAAUAACCACUCUUUUUCUGAAUAGUGAUAAUGCCAGUUCCGUGACAUUCAGUAGAUGGGAUCAAGGUCUUGAUGCUCAAGUUACUCUCUAUGAUGGAUUCCGGUCAAGCGUCGCGGAACGAGCAAACACUCAAAUUUUCGCCAAUCCACUUUAUUUUCAAAAUUUUGGAAUAUCUUUCUCGAACGUUGAGACUUUCUCAAUUCCAAGCAGAACGUUUCACAUGAAAUCGCUCGGCGGAAUCAGUUUCCGAAUUCAGCCAGGAGAGAAUCAGAAAUUAGUUGCUACGACUGCUUUCACAACUACUGGUCUACAUGUGAAAAGAGCGGAUCAAGAAUCUUCUGUGACGUAUCGAAUUUUGCAAGACUCACUUGAUUACACGGGAGUGACUGGUGUCAAUAUUGUUUCUACCAUUCCAGGGAGUUCUUCAGUUCAAGUAGCAGUAUAUAAUAAUCCACCAGAUAACAGCUACUACAACACGUCAGUCAUUCCGGGGAAUGCAGUAAUGUCUUGGAGUAUUCCAUUUGUUGGUGACAAGCUUGAUAUCAAAUCAAGAAGAGAUAAUACUUCUACAAUCUUCACGCAGUUUUUUAUCAUUCAAGGACCACCUCGGCUGACUACAACUACGCAGACGCCUCCAACUACUACGACACAGACACAGACACAGACAUCGGCAUCACUAACAACAACAACAUUGCUAUCUUCCACAACAAUUAUGAAGACGACACCAACUACAACAAAUCCACCACAACAGGCAACAAACUCUUCGUCAACAACAACAACUACUACUACUACAACAGUUGCAACAACCACAAAAUUGGCUUCUGUUUCUAAAUUAUUUGCAUCUAUUGUUGUUACUUUGAGUUUUGUAUUCUUGGUAUAA